CCUACACCCACCCACCCAGUCCAUCCUCAUCUCUUUGUUCCUGCUUGUCCCACUGCAGUCCAUUGAUUCGUCCUCGGAUGCUCUCCUCCACCAUCACCCCCCCACUGCUGCCUUCCAUCUCUCAUAAAAAAACAUCUUUCCCCAAUGUGUACGAAAUUGCAGAGCUCAGCAUUCUUCUCUCCAGGCACUUUGGAGGUAAAAAAAAAAACGGAGAGGAGAUAUGAGCAGGACGGGAGGGGCUCUGGUGCACCACACAACUGGCUGCCUUCCAAUUAAAGGAGAGAGCUUAUGUUAUUGAAGAGCUGCUGAGCCAAUCAGAAAGAGAGUACAGGCAAAGAUAAAAAAAAAAAAGCUCUGAAGCUAGUGGGCAAGAGGAUGGAGGGGAAAAAAAACUAAAAUCGCUGCAGUGUGUGAGUGUGUGUAGUUUUCAUCCCUCUUCCUGAGCAGAUCUGUAUCAGUUUGUUGUACUUCAGUCUUGGGGUACCAGUGUGUGUGUGAGAGUGUGUGUGUGUGUGUGUUGUGAGUUUCAGAGGAGCCGAGCAAAAGGUGUGUGUGUGUGCACGGCUCUGUUUGAUUCAUUUUUAGUCUCAAACUGGAAGUAGGAGAAAGUAAGAGGAGACUGAUUCUUUCUCUCCCUGUCUCAAAGUGUGUCGGAGUCUGCGGGAAAAAAAAAAGGGUCAAGCUCAGCAUCCAGAGGAGCAUCCUGCACAGAAGAAUUCYGGACUGACAACACUCUCACUGUGAUUACUUCCAGCUACUUCUCUCAAGCCAAGAUUUUGGCGAAACUGUGUGUACUGCCUAAGUGAUGAAGUUUAACUUGUUCAAGCACCAGACAACGCCCAUGGUUGCUGCUAAGCCGACAGGGGCCAGCGAGUUGAGUGUGACUCCGGCCCCUGUCGCAUUAGUCUCUGCCGAGAACACCACCGAACCAGCCAACAAGAACGAUGCCUUUGACGAGAUCAAAAACAAGUUCCUGAAUGAAAUCGACAAGAUCCCAUUGCCAUCCUGGGCCAUCAUCGCCAUUGCGGUGGUCGCAGCGUUACUGAUCCUAACGUGUUGCUUCUGCAUAAUCAAGAAGUGCUGCUGCAAGAAGAAGAAGAACAAGAAGGGCAAGAAGGGGAAGGGUGACAUGGGGAUGAAGAACUUGAAAGGAGGAGAGGAUGAGGACGACGAGGAAGACGAUGUGGAGCCAGGGCUAACUGGAGAUGAAAAAGAGGAGGAAGUGAAGGAGAAAGAAAAGCUUGGAAAGCUGCAAUACUCCAUCGAUUAUGACUUCCAAGAGAACAAGCUAACGGUAGGAAUUCUGCAAGCAGCUGAUCUCCUCUCCAUGGACAGCGGCGGCACUUCGGAUCCUUACGUCAGGGUCUAUGUCCUGCCCGACAAGAAAAAAAAGUUUGACACAAAGGUUCACAAGAAAACACUCAAUCCUGUCUUCAAUGAAACUUUUACCUUUAAGAUACCGUUCCAAGAGAUGGGAGGGAAGACUCUAGUAAUGUCCGUCUUUGACUUUGAUCGCUUCUCCAAACAUGACAUCAUUGGAGAGAUUAAGAUACCCAUGAACACCCUGGACUUGGCAAAGCCGAUCGAAGAGUGGCGAGACCUUGACAGCGCAGAUCAAGAAGAGCCAGAGAAGCUGGGUGACAUUUGUAUCUCCCUACGUUACGUCCCCACGGCUGGCAAACUCACCAUCUGCAUUCUGGAGGCUAAGAACCUAAAGAAAAUGGACGUGGGUGGACUAUCAGAUCCCUACGUGAAGAUUAACCUGCUGCAGAAUGGAAAGAGGCUGAAGAAGAAGAAGACGACAGUGAAGAAGAACACUCUGAAUCCGUACUACAACGAGUCAUUCAGCUUUGAGAUUCCUCUUGAGCAAAUGCAGAAAAUCCAAGCUGUGAUCACAGUGCUGGAUUAUGACAAGAUUGGCAAGAAUGACGCCAUUGGGAAGAUCUGGGUGGGAAGCAAGUCCACGGGGGCCGGGCUGAAACACUGGUCCGACAUGCUGGCCAACCCCCGUCGCCCCAUCGCCCAGUGGCAUCCGCUGCAGCCAGAGGAGGAGGUGGAUGCCGCCCUCGCAGCCCUGACUGCCAAGAAGUAAUACUCCCAUUCCCUCCACAUGCCCACCUGCCAUUUCCCAUCGUCUCCCCAAACCCCACAAAUCCAAGUAAAUUCCAGAAGAGCACCCCAUCAGCUCCUUCGACCACUUGCCACCACCACCUUUCAAAAGUUCCAUAGAAACUAUUCGACCUGAUGGAAAAUAUAGUUAAAAUAUAUCAUGUUCUAUACCAUCACUGAGGAAAGAAGACGAGUCACAGGACAGACAGACAGUUCAGUUCCUUUAGAUCUAUUUUUGUAUCGGGGUAGUGGUUCCAUUAAUAACAACAAAGAGUAGACUGCUAUAGUAGGAGUGCUAUAUGGGAAUAUUAUGGGAUAAAGCAUAUAUCCACUCAUGUUGUACUUCUCACCCUUUCCCUUUAGUGACAAAGUUUGCUUAGAAUAGUGCUUGAUAAUAAAAUGCUUUAUACUGCCAUAUGAUAGAGAAAUAACACAAGCAGGUCCAUUCCGUAGGUGUACUGUGCACCAUGUCCCACACCUGCCAGUUGUCAUCCUUAGAUGAUUUUGUUAGUUUGAAGUACAUUCCUAGAAAUGGGUAGCAAAAUA